ACAGUACAUAUCAGUUUAACUGAACAUACUCAGCCGACAGGUAGCUGGCUUUUUUCUUUUAUUUUCUUGCUUACUAUUAACAGCUUGUGGAUCUCUACUGAUACCGCAAGGUCUUUUCUGAGGUAAAGGUAUUUGCAGUAAUAUGGAGUACUCAAGCAUGAAGAAUAAAUCCACCAAGAAAAAAGUAGCAAUAGUAGGAGGCGGAUUGGUUGGUGGCUUAAAUGCAUGUUUCCUUGCAAAAAGAGGUUUUGAGGUUGCAGUGUUUGAAUCUAGAGAAGAUAUUCGCAGUGCCAAAAUAGUAAAGGGCAGGAGCAUAAAUCUCGCCCUCUCUCAUCGGGGACGCCAAGCUUUAAAACAUGUUGGAAUGGAAGACAAGGUUGUUUCUAAGGGCAUCCCGAUGCAUGCUCGUAUGAUCCACAAUGUGAAUGGAAAACGUUCUCCCAUACCUUAUGGAAAGAAAGGCCAGUACAUCCUUUCUGUAGGUAGAGCCAACCUCAAUAAGGAGCUGCUAACAGCGGCUGAAGCAUAUCCAAACACACAACUGAACUUUAACCAUAAACUGCUUGACUGGAGUCCAGAAACAGGGACCAUGACCUUUCUUGGGCCUGAUGGUGCUGAAAAGGAGAUCCAGGCAGAUCUCAUAGUGGGCUGCGACGGUGCCUUCUCUGCCACAAGAAAGCAGUUUUUACGUCGCAGUCGCUUUGAUUACAGCCAGACCUACAUCCCACAUGGAUACCUUGAGCUCACUAUGCCUCCAAGAAAUGGUGAUUUUGCAAUGGAGCCCAAUUUUCUUCAUAUCUGGCCUAGGAACACAUUUAUGAUGAUUGCUCUCCCAAACAUGGACAAGACCUUCACCUGCACCCUCUUCAUGCCAUUUGAGGAAUUUGAGAAGAUUACCACAGACGAUGAGCUGCUGAACUUCUUUCAGAAAUACUUCCCAGAUUCCAUCCCACUCUUAGGAGUUGAUGCUCUAAAGAGGGACUUUUUCCAACUGCCUGCUCAGGCCAUGGUGUCAGUGAAGUGCUUUCCUUAUCAUUUGAACGACAAAUGUGUUUUAAUGGGGGACGCUGCUCAUGCUGUGGUGCCAUUUUAUGGCCAGGGCAUGAAUGCAGGCUUUGAGGACUGCCUUGUUUUUGAUGAGAUUCUGGAUCAGUUAAAUGAAGAUCUUUCUGCUGUUCUCCCGGAGUACACACGAGUUCGUGUACCUGAUGACCACGCCAUAGCUGAUUUGGCUAUGUACAAUUAUAUAGAGAUGCGAGCACAUGUAAACUCCAAAUACUUCCUGUUCCGUAAAUAUCUGGACAAUGCACUACAUUUUAUAAUGCCAAGAACAAUAAUCCCAUUAUACACAAUGGUCACCUUCACACGAACACGCUACCAUGAAGCAGUGAUGCGUUGGAAAUGGCAGAACAAGGCGAUUACUCAGGGCCUGUUGCUUUGGGGGACAGUGUCCACAGUGGGAGCGACUUAUUUGCUAAUAAGAUACUUUCCCAAAAAGCCCAGCAUCACUGUGGAGCAGCUAUGGAGCAAACUUCUAGCUCUUAACUGGUUCCAAAACUAAGAUUCCCCAAGAGAACCUUGAAGAUAUUUCAAGAUGUCUCCAUCAUCCUCCAUAAGUUUUUGGCCAUCCCCAAUUCCAAUGAAUACUUAAUAUUAAAAUUUACUAUUACAUCCAACAAAUCCUUAUGUGUUUAAAAAAGCUUUGUAUGAACAGAACAAGAGGGCUGGACUGGGUUUAAUCUUGUUGAAUAACAGUAAUUUCUAUUAGACAAAUUAAUUAUAAAUCAGUGAACAUAAUUAAAGAAAUAAUGUCACGGUUUUCAGACCAGACAAGUCUCUUAGACUCAAAUUAUAGUUACAUAUUUUUGAUUUAUUUUUAAUGCCAUGAAUAAGCAUUAGAGUUGGCUGUGGUGGUUAAGGUUGAAGCUCUUUCUUAGUGACUAGGAGCUGGCGAGGUCAAAUUGCUGUAAUGCCCUGGAGCAACGCUUGAGCAAGACACUUAAUAUUUACCUGCAUAUACAUGGAUUGAAUUAGUAAUAUCUUUUACAUAAAAGGUGUUUGCAAAUUGAAAAUGUACUUCAAUGUUUGAAUGAAAUUGAACUAUCCAUUUGCUAUCUAAAAAUUUAAUUCUGGAAUUUUGUUCAACUUACAGUACUAUGUCUGUUUUUGUUUUACUUAUUACAUUUACACUUAUGCCACUUGGAAGACGGUCUAAUCCAGAGCAACCUACAGAAGUAAUACUGUCAUUUCAGAUUUACAAUACAUUAUCUAAUGCCCAUAUGAUUUAUUUGUGCUUGCUGCAUAUCACCUGUGUUGCUCUCUUCUUAUGUGGUAUAUAUGUACGACUAUAACACUUUA